AUGCACUCAGACUCUUUUGGCGAACACGUUUCCAUUGUUGUUUUUGGCGCCUCCGGUGACUUGGCGAAAAAAAAGACCUUCCCAGCCCUUUUCGGCCUUUACAGAGAGGGGCAAUUGCCGGCUCAUGUGAACAUCAUUGGGUACGCCCGCUCCGACUUGGCCAUUGAUGACUUGAGAGACCGAAUCAAGCAAAACUUGAAGUUAGAUGACGAGAAGUCAUCUUCCAAGGUCGACAGCUUUUUGCAAUUGAUCUCCUACAUUUCUGGGCCCUACGACAAGCCUGAAGGAUACGAAAAAAUCGAACAGGCCAUUCAGGAAUACGACUUAAAGAAUAAGGUCGAGAAGUCCGAGAGAUUGUUCUACUUAGCUUUGCCUCCAUCUGUUUUCACCAACGUUGGUGCUCACAUCAAAAAAUACUGCUACCCAAAGGAGAACGGCAGACUCAGACUCAUUGUGGAGAAGCCUUUUGGUCACGAUUUGGAGUCUGCCAGACAAAUGCAGAAGGAUUUGGCCCCGUUGUUCACCGAGGAAGAGCUUUACAGAAUUGAUCACUACUUGGGUAAAGAGAUGGUGAAGAACUUGUUGUUCUUGCGGUUUGGCAAUGCCAUGUUCUCUGGUAUCUGGGACAGUAAACACAUCUGCUCCGUGCAAAUUUCAUUCAAAGAGGCUUUUGGAACCGAAGGCAGAGGCGGAUACUUCGACGAUAUCGGAAUCGUCAGAGAUGUGAUGCAAAACCACUUGUUGCAAGUCUUGACCCUAUUGACCAUGGAAAGACCAGUGUCUUUUGACCCAGAGGCAGUCAGAGAUGAAAAAGUGAAGGUUCUCAAAGCUUUUGAAGAAGUCAAGAAGGAGAACAUCUUGAUCGGGCAAUACGGAAAGUCUGAGGAUGGAGAGAAACCAGGGUACUUGGAUGACGAGACCGUCAAGGGUGAGUCCAAGUGUGUCACAUAUGCAGCAAUGGGUCUUUCCAUUCACAACGAGAGAUGGGACGGCGUGCCUUUCGUUUUGAGAGCCGGCAAGGCCCUUAACGAAUCAAAGGUCGAGGUCAGAAUCCAAUUCAAGGAUGUUGCCAAGGGCAUUUUCACGGAUAUCCCCAGAAAUGAAUUGGUUAUCAGGAUCCAACCUAACGAGGCUGUCUACAUGAAGAUAAAUUCCAAGAUCCCGGGUAUUGCCAACGAACUUUCUGUCACCGAGUUGGACUUGACCUACGCUUCCAGAUUUUCCAAAGAAUUUUGGGUCCCUGCAGCAUACGAGGCUUUGAUUAGAGACUGUUUCUUGGGUAACCAUGCCAAUUUUGUGAGAGAUGAUGAGUUGGACGUCUCUUGGCAAUUAUUCACCCCAUUGUUGAAGUACAUUGAAUCUGAGGACGCUCCAGAACUCCACAUUUAUCCAUACGGUUCGAAGGGACCAAAGCCAUUGAAAAGCUUCUUGGCCAAGCACGGGUACGCUUUUCAAACUGAGGGCUCCUACCAAUGGCCAUUGACGAAGCCUAAUGUCAAGGGAAAGAUGUAA